AUGAGCGUAAAGACGGUCCUCUGCAGAGGCUCACUUGGACAAGACCCUGUUGUUCUCCUGGGUGCUCCGGACACCUCACUGAGAAGUCAAGACCCAAGUCAUUCACUGUCGCAUCACGUCCCCUCCCCAGGUCUGGCCUGGAGCCUGCAGUCCCUCCAUGAAGCACUUCAUCUGAGACACAAGCUUUACAGGGAGGAGCUCAACCUGACCUCCCCGGCGGCGCCGCUGCCGCUGCGGCCGGAGGCCAGCUGGCUCCAGUUCCACCUGGGCAUCACCCGGGACGGGCUCUACCCACGCUCCAGCCCCACCGUCAACAGGCUCCUCCGGGACAUGCAGGACUUCACCACUAUCAGUGCGGACUACAGCCAGGACGAGAAAGCGCUGCUGGGGGCCUGCGACUGCAGCCAGAUCGUGAAGCCCAGCGGCGUGCACCUGAAGCUGGUCCUCAGGUUCCAGGAUUUUGGGAAAGCCAUGUUCAAGCCCAUGAGGCAGAAACGUGAGGAAGAGACUCCCGAGGACUUUUUCUACUUCGUUGACUUCCAGCGGCAUAACGCAGAGAUCGCUGCCUUCCACCUGGACAGGAUCCUGGAUUUCCGGAGGGUGCCACCCACAGUCGGAAGGUUGAUCAAUGUCACCAAGGAGAUCCUGGAGGUCACCAAGAAUGAGAUCCUGCAGAGCGUCUUCUUCGUCUCACCAGCCAGCAACGUUUGCUUCUUUGCCAAGUGCCCCUACAUGUGCAAGACAGAGUACGCGGUGUGUGGGAACCCUCACCUCCUGGAAGGAUCUCUCUCCGCCUUCCUGCCAUCCCUCAACCUGGCGCCGCGACUCUCCAUCCCAAACCCAUGGAUCCGGUCCUACUCGUUUGAUGGAAAAGAGGAGUGGGAAGUCAAUCCACUCUACUGCAACACGGUGAGGGAGAUCUACCCCUACAGCAACGGCAACCGGCUGCUCAACAUCAUUGACAUGGCCAUAUUUGACUUCCUAAUAGGGAACAUGGACCGUCACCACUAUGAAAUGUUCACCAAGUUUGGGGAUGACGGCUUCCUCUUACAUCUGGACAACGCCAGAGGGUUCGGGCGGCAUUCCCAUGACGAAACCUCCAUCCUGGCCCCGCUCUCCCAGUGUUGCAUAAUAAAGAAGACGACAUUAUUGCGCCUCCAGCUCUUGGCUGAGCCCGACUAUCGGCUCAGCGACGUGAUGAGGGAAUCCCUCCUGCAGGACCGCCUGGCACCUGUCCUCACCGAGCCCCAUCUCCUGGCUUUAGACAGACGGUUACAGCUUAUCCUGAAAGCUGUGAGGAAAUGCAUAGACAUGUAUGGAGAAGCCAAGGUGGUGGCCAACGACACCACGCAGCCCGAGGCUCCUGCGUCGGACAGAGUGAAGCUGACCACUUAAACAGUCCUUAACUCACGCUCAGAGGCAGGGAAAACCCCUGCAAGCCAAGUGGCAAGUUUUAAUAGCUGGUAAAUGCCAUCUACAAACACUCACGGAGCCUGAGAGGGGAAACUCUUCAGAAG